AUGUCCCCCCCGUCCUCUAAGCGGAACAGCGGCAAUGGCAAUGGCAUCACCACCAUCGACAAGCUCGACUACCCACCCCCAAACUCGCCCCGCCGCCCCCUCCUCGCCCCCGACAGCGACACCGACUCGCAGCGACGCAGCCAGGACACGAGUUACGCCGGCAGCUUCUUUGAGCAGGUCGCCGAAGGCAUCUACGAGCAGGACCGCGUCAAGAUGCAGCGCGCCGUGCUACGAUGGCUGAGCUUCGUGUGGGCCAUCGUCAUCUGCCUAUGCGCCGGUAGCAUCACUGCCUUCUCCCUGUACGGCCAUUUGUUCCAGUCCAAGCUGCACUACACCCAAGUCCAGGUCAACAUAGUUUCCAUCGGCGCCGAGCUCGGCCUCUACCUCCUCGUCCCCAUCUUCGGAUACCUCUGCGAUCGCAUGGGCCCUGGUGUGCCCGCCGCUCUUGCAGGUCUGCUAUUCGGCUCGGGAUAUCUGUUGGCUGCCUUCGCCUUCAAGAGCGGUCCUCCGCCCUCGGCUGGCGGUCAUGGUUGGCCCCAUGGCGUCAUGGUCCUAGCCUUCGCCUUCGUCGGCAUGGGCACAAGCUGCAUGUACCUGGCUGCAGUAACAACGUGUGCCAAGAACUUCGGGCGAGGGAGUGCAAAGGGCGUGGCUUUGGCAGUGCCCAUCGCAGCUUUUGGACUGAGCGGCAUGUGGCAAAGCCAGGUUGGAAGCCGACUGCUAUACGUCAGGAACCCGGAUGGCACCAAGGGAGAUGUUGACGUGUUCCGCUUCUUCCUCUUCCUCGGCAUUCUUCUGCUCUGCGUAGGCACCAUCGGCUUCUUUGCCCUGCGCAUCAUGGACGAAGAGGAGAUGAUCGACGAUGCAGUAGACGAGCUCGAGAGAUCUGGUCUGCUGCAGCGUGACGAGUUCUUCACCCAGGCUGCGACCCAUCACGGCUACGGAACCAUGGAGACUCAGGACCUGUCCGACUCGACCUUUGACUUCCUGCAGUCUGAGGCUGAGCGUCUCAAGGCCAAAGCAGAAGAAGAGGCACGGAAGAAGACAUGGCUGCUGAACGAGGAGACUCGUCGCUAUGUCAUGGACCCCACCAUGUGGUGGCUCGCAGGAGGCUUCUUCCUCGUCACUGGACCCGGCGAAGCCUUCAUCAACAACCUAGGCACCAUCAUCGAGACUCUCACACCCGCGCACGUUUCCACCAACACCUCGCCAGCAACCCAUGUUUCCAUCGUCGCCAUCACCUCUACACUUGCUCGCUUGAUCACCGGCACACUCUCUGAUGUCCUCGCUCCGGUAGCUCCUUCGAACCAGCACCGCGUCGGACCAGAUUCCGUUGCAAAUUCCAUGUCGUCUCUUCCACCUCUACAACAGCCCCGCAAGAGGUUUACUGUCUCGCGCAUAAACUUCCUCUUGGCAUUCGCUUUCAUACUCUCCCUUGGUCAACUUCUCCUAGCGAGUGGAUGGGUGCAGAACCACCCCUCUCGCUUUGCUGUUGUGUCCGCGUUCAUCGGUGCCGGUUACGGAGCCGUCUUCUCGCUGACACCCAUCGUCGUCUCUGUAGUAUGGGGCGUCGAGAACUUUGGUACAAACUGGGGCAUUCUGGCCAUGACACCUGCUGCAGGUGCCACCCUCUGGGGUGCUGUCUAUGCCACUGUAUAUCAGAGAGCUGCAGAGAACGGCGAAGCCGGCGUUCAGAAGGACCCUGAGGAUGUCCUUUGUCAUGGAAAGGCUUGUUAUGCGUCUACCUUCUGGGCCAUGACCAUAAGCGUAUGGAUUGCCAUGGGCCUCUUCUUGUGGGCUUGGAGAGGCCCUGGCGUCCUGUAUGUCCUGACGCUCGAUGUUGUAUGGAGUGGGGGACUUCCUGCAGCUGAAACGGAAUUGCGGGGUAAGAACAACGCUGGUUAG